AUGUUAACGACUAAUAUCGAUUCGCCGCAACAUAAAAGAAUCCUUCAAAUGCAAAAUAAUAAGAAGGACGAUUCUCCGUCAUCUGAUAUUUAUCGAACGUAUAAAUGGAAUAAAAACGUUCUGAAGAUUAAUAAAGCCAAGAAGAUACAUCUGGAACUAAUCAAGUGUGCUCAGAAUUUAAACGAUGCGUUUGGCUUACAUAAUUUAAUGUCUGUAUUAACAUCUUUCAUUAUAAUCACUGUUGUGGCUUACAAUCUAUACAAUCACAUACAUAACGGGGCCUACUAUACACAACUUUAUCAAUGUUUUACUUUCUUGUAUUGGAUUUGUUAUUUUGGAUUUAAGAUUAUUAUAAUAAGUCAUGUAUGUGAAAGAACUAUUAUAGAGCAUGCGACUAAAACCGGAGACAUCAUCUGUGAAUUGUAUGAACCAUCAACCAGCAAGGAAUUUCGUGCUGAGAUUCGUGACUUCACUCUACAACUUAUUCAAAAUCCAUUGACUUUUACAACCUGCGGUUUUUUUUAUCUCGACCAUACAUUGAUACGUAAUGUGAUCAGUUCCGUCACAACUUAUCUCAUUAUUCUCAUUCAAGUUGGAAACGUACCACAACAAGUUUUCAUUGAAGAUUUAAAUUUAUCAGGUAAAUCAGAGGUUUGA